GGCAAUAUGUCACACAAUCUGUUUUAAUUCCAAUAGGCUACGUUAGCUGUGGUCCCUAUCGAAUAUUUUACCAGUGAAUAGGGCUUUCACAGCUUUUAAAAGGAUUAUGGACGUACACGGCUGAUGAUAUUAUACUUCCCUAAUAAAACUUUUACGACCAAGAUGGUAUAGUAAAAGCUGUUAAAGGAGAUGAUCUGACCAUCGUAUGUUUAGAAUUAGAUUUCCCCUUCUAUAACGUAUCUUUAACAUGGAAAGAAAGAGUAGAUGAUUUAGUUGGCAGAUUAACCUUACCGGAGAUGAUCGGUCAAAUGGCAAAAGGCAAAGGCGGAACAGAUGCGAUCCCAAGACUUGAUAUCAAGCCCUUUGAAUGGUGGACAGAAUGUCUACGAGGCGAUUUUCAGCAAGGCGGAACUAGUUUUCCAGAAGCCAUUGGGUUAGCAGCAGCCUUCAGUCCUGAAGCGAUUUAUGACGUAUCCCGAGCAACAGGUAUAGAGGUCAGAGCCAAGAAUACUAUGUUCAGCAAAGCAGGAAAUUUCAGUGUUGGAACUGGUUUAAGUUGCUGCUCACCCGUUAUCAACAUUUUGAGAGAUCCAAGAUGGGGUCGAAAUGAAGAAACCUAUGGAGAAGACCCAUUUUUUACUGGGGUUUAUGCAGAGGCUUUUGUUCGAGGUCUACAGGGAGAACAUCCACGUUAUCUUUUAGCAAGUACUGGCUGUAAACAUUUUGAUACUUAUACCGGACCAGAAGAUAUUCCAGUUUCAAGAGAUGGAUUUAAUGCAGAGGUAUCGAUGAGAGAUCUGAGGACAACUUUUCUUCCAGCUUUCAGGACGUGUGUAAAUGCUGGUACAUACAGUAUCAUGUGCAGCUAUUCGAGCGUUAAUGGUGUACCAUCCUGUGCUAGUAAAGAACUAUUAACAGACAUACUGAGAGAUGAAUGGGGAUACGAAGGACUAGUUAUUAGCGAUAAUGUAGCUUUAGAAUAUAUGAUCACUGCACAUCACUAUGUGAACAACUCUUUGGAUGCGGCCGUUGCAAGUUUAGAAGCUGGUUGUAACAUAGAGAUUUCAAAAGAAAAAAGCAAAGUCUACGACCAUAUAGGUGAAGCUGUUAGUAGUGGUAGAGUCAGUGAAACAAGAGUAAGAGAAUUAAUGAAACCCGUGAUGUAUAACAGAAUGAGAUUGGGAGAAUUUGAUCCACCAGAGAUGAAUCCCUACACGAAUUUAGAUAUGUCAGUUAUACAAAGUCCAGAACAUAGACAAAUUGCUCUUCAAACAGCCAUGAAAUCUAUGGUUCUUCUGAAAAACUUAAAUAAUUUUCUUCCAACAAGAGUCGGAAUCUUCAAUAAAAUUGCUAUAGUUGGUCCGGCAGCAAACGACCCAGUUGUUCAGGCUGGUGGUUAUGCACCAGCAGUAGAUCCACGAUAUACUACUACACCUUUAAUGAACCUCUCUAGAUUAGGAAACACUGUUCAGUACAGUAAUGGAUGUAGUGGAAAUACUACUUGUAUAGGUUACGACCAAGCUGGUAUAAUAAAAGCUGUUCAAGGAGUUGAUCUGGUCAUCGUAUGCUUAGGAUUAGGAAAUGCCGUAGAAAAGGAACAUAUCGAUCGAUCCGGUAUAGCUUUACCUGGAAAACAAUUAGAACUACUUCAAGAUGCUGUUAAUAAUAGUCCAGCUAAUACGCCCGUUCUUCUUAUCAUGUUUAAUGCCGGACCUGUUGAUAUAACAUGGGCUGAUAGUAAUCCUAGAGUUGUUGCUAUCUUAGAAGCUUUCUAUCCUGCUCAAGCUACAGGAGAAGCUUUAUUUAAUGUUCUUACAAUGAAUGGUCCCAAUUCUGCACCAGCUGGCAGACUUCCGUGUACAUGGCCAAUGAAUGAAAACCAAUUGCCUCCUAUGGUAAAUUAUUCUAUGGAAGGUAGAACAUAUCGAUAUAUUAACUAUGAUCCACUUUAUCCCUAUGGUUAUGGUUUAUCUUAUACAAGUUUUACCUAUUCUAAUCUACAAUUUAGUCAGUCAAUAUUAGCAGGCAAUGAUAUAGAGGGAUCAGUAGAUGUUUAUAAUAAUGGUCAAAUAUCAGCUGAUGAGGUUAUUCAAGUUUAUAUCAACUGGCAAAAUAGUCCAGAACCAACACCUAAACUACAAUUAGUGGAUUUUAAGAGACAGUAUGUUAUAGCUCAGAAUAAAAUAAGAGUAACAUUUAGAGUUAAAGGUGAAAGUAUGGCGGUAUGGAUGGAAGAUAACAGUGGGUGGAUGGUUUAUCCAGGACAGUAUGGAUUAUUUGUUGGUGGUCAACAACCAAACCAAAAGAAAACCGCUGAUUCUAACGUUUUAUCAGGAACCGUCACAGUUACUAAAAGCAGGUUUCUGGGGAAAUAUUAAAUAGUUCACAAGA